AGAAUGGCAGAGACUCAGAAAGAAAAAUUAGAUUUAGAUGAGUUUGAAAUUAAAGAAGAGAUAGUUUUUAUCAAUGAAGAAAUACUUCCCUCCUCUACUGAAGAGGAUACAUUUUCUGUGGAUAUAGAUAUGAAAGGUGUACAAGAUGUUGAAAACAGUAAACCUGUAUUUGAUCCUGGUUUUCACUCUGAGCUAAUCAUUAAAGACGGAUUUGAGGAUGGAAAUUUAGGUGAAAACAUGGAUGACAGAUUUGUUGAUUUUAAAUCAGAACCAAAGCGAAACAAGAAGCGUAAAGUGAAAUACGCUUGUAUGGAGUGUGAGUAUGUUGCAACUCAAGCAGGCAAUUUAAAAACCCACAUUGAAAAUAAACAUAAAGGAAUGAGAUAUCCUUGCUCUAAAUGUGAGUUUGCUGCGACCACAACACGCAGUCUGAGAACUCACAUUGAAAGCAUAUAUGAAGGAGUGAAAUAUUCUUGUUCUCAAUGUGAAUAUAUUGCAAACCAUGUAAGUACUGUGAAGAUUCAUGUUGAAAGUAAACAUGAAGGAGUGAGAUAUCCUUGUUCUAAAUGUGAGUAUAUUGAAAAUUAUAAAAGUUCUCUGAAGGUUCAUGUUGAAAGUAUACACGAAGAAGUGAGAUAUCCUUGUUCUAAAUGUGAGUAUAUUGCAACUCAAGCAAGUAGUUUGAAGAAACAUAUUGAAGGUAAACACAAAGGAGUGAGAUAUCCUUGCCCUCAAUGUGAGUAUAUUGCAACGCAUGUAAGUGCUCUGAAGUCACAUGUUGAAAGUAAACAUAAAGGAGUGAGAUAUCCUUGCUCACAUUGCGAGUGUGCUGCAACCACAGCAAGUAGCGAAAAUAAACACGAAGGAGUGAGAUAUCCAACCCCCCGAUGUGACUAUGCUGCAACUACAGCAAGGGAUCUGAAGAGACAUGUUGAAUAUAAACACGAAGGAGUGAGAUAUCCUUGCUCUCAAUGUAAAUACGCGGCAACUACAGGAAGUGCUCUGAAGGCUCAUGUUGAAUGUAAACAUGAAGGAGUAAGAUAUCUGUGCCCCCAAUGUGAGUUUGCCGCAACUUCAGCAAGAAACCUGAAGAAUCAUGUUGAAAAUAAGCAUACAGCUUCUACAGCAAAAGAUCUAAAGAGACAUGUUGAAAGUAAUCAUGAAGGAGUAAGAUAUCCUUGUCCUAAAUGUAAAUAUGCUGCAACUCAGAAAGGAGAUCUGAAAAAACAUUUUAAAAAUAUACAUAAAUGAGUUUAGAGAUCAUUGUUUUCAAUGCAAUCAUGCUGCAAAAGAAUUGCACAACAAUUUUCCAUGACUUGUUGGUAUUUAACAUUUAUUUUUUGGUUUUGGGUAUCUUGAAACUCAUGUCAUUUUCUUAUCGUAUCACAAUUUUUUAUUUAUAUUAUUUGAAGUUUUAUAUUUUUCAUCU